AUGCUCAGUGACGUUUACCAACACAACAUCAGGAGAGAGAUAUCGUUGAGCACGUGGUCUUUGCUUGCAUUGAGAUUGCAAUUGUACCAGCGAUUUGAAGAGUGGCGUCAACAACUCGACCCUCGUCUAAGACUCAUCACACCACAAGAGAUUUGCACCGUCCUUACAUCCCAGAUCGAGGAGAAUCGUUUCAGAAUAACCCUAACAGUACAUUACUACCGCGCUCUGAUCAUGCUUAACGGACCGGUCAUUAAGAAUUUGCUGGACAUCGUUGUCAAUUCCUCCCGUGCAGAUGAAGCUGACGAAUCCCUAUUCGAGCAAUCUGUGCCGACCAUCAAGAGCGAUCUCGUUGUACUCGAGAACUUGAAUCACAUCCUUUGUAUCAUUUCACAAAGCGAGGAGUUCAUGAACCACAACAACGUCCGAUGGAUUUCCAAUCAUGCCUGUUCAAUACUAGCCAUGCAUCUUUUCUUUCUUGCAUUGCUGUACCACAUCCGUCCUGAACUUGAAGCGAAGACUAUCACUUCGGCAUCUAGGAUCAGAGAUCUUCUGGGGCAAUGCCUUGAUAACAUGAAAGUACUGCAACGGACUAGUACAUUGUUUCGGAAAGCUCGUGAAGCGCUCGAAGUCUUCACUCAAAAGCUAGACUCAGUUCGUAUUAAAGAGCUGCCUACACCCGGCGCUUCCGCCUCUGGCAUUGGAGCACUCCCCAAUUCUCCUCCCAGGCAUUACGAAUUCAGCAUGAACAACGACUUCUUUGGGCAGCCUGAAUUUGACCUUCUGCUGGGAGACGGGUUUUAUUGUUAA